CUCUAUGAUCUAUAAAACCGGCGUUAACCAGCCUGUUUCCACCUCCCCCUACUCUCACUCUCAUUUACAACUUAUAACUUAGAGAGCUUAAGAUCUCAAUUCUCCAAGUUUCUUUCUUCUCUUUCAUUUCUUGGCUAAUUUAUUGUUAUUAUUCGAUGCUCUAAAUUAACUGCCCAUGUCUCCGGUUGUGACCGAAGUUCUCCUUUCUGGGUUUAUUGUAAACUCAACUCUUCGCCGUAGAACUCAUUUAGUUCAAUCGUUCUCCGUUGUCUUCCUUUACUGGUUCUAUGUCUUCUCGUGAACACAUAAUUAUACUUUAGUUUAUCUCCCUCAUUAAUUUCCUCUUCUUAUUAAUUGUUUAUUUUCUAUCAUUACUAAUUAUCUAUCUCUACACUAUUAUUAUUUGUCCCGCCCCACGUCUUCGAAAUGGCAUCCUCAAGUGGAGUUUCGUCUGGGUCGACCAAUGGUGGCAUCCGACCCUCAAGGUCGGAAGAUGACCUAGAGGAGGAGAGGAAACGCCGGAGGAUGCAAUCUAAUCGAGAAUCGGCUCGGCGAUCUCGACUCCGCAAGCAAAAACAUUUAGAUGAUCUCACUAAUCAGGUGAGUCGACUCAGAAACCACAACAACGAGAUGACAACGAAUAUGACCGUAACGAUGAGCCUAUGCAUUAGCUUGGAGGGUGAGAACUCAAUCCUUGAAGCUCAGAUACUGGAGCUGACAAAUAGAUUAAAGUCUUUAAACAAUAUCAUAAAGUUGAUAGAAUCGAUGGAAGUUUUAGAAAAAACAUUUUCGUGUGAGAUUGAUGACUUGAAUAAUGAUUUUGAGGAGGAAGAUUAUUGCAACCCUUGGAGAUAUCCAUUUGCAAAUUAGAAAUAUACCAAUCAUGGAAGACGUGCGGAAACACAUAUAUGAAUAAAUAUUGUUGAUAAGGAUUGAUGUGAGUGUGUGUAUGACGUGUGUUUGGUGGCCUUAGUAACAUGCCUCCAAAAAAUUGAACCAACAAAACAAAGUAAUUUUUUUCUUCAUUUUUUGGUUCAUAAUAUCCCAUCAUUUGUAUGUAUGUCAAUCUACAAAAUAUCAUUAUGGGUUAUUUU